ACCUACAAUUAAGAUGCUGAAAAUGAAAGGCCCAAGCUCCAAAAUAAUUGUCUCCAUUAUUUUAAUCCUUUUGGCUUCCCUUUCUUGUGCAUCUUCACAUCCUGCCAUUCAAAAUUUUCUCCAAUGCCUUCCCACUAACUCUAAUCCUUCUCAUCCAAUUGCGGCUGCCAUUUACAUUGCCGAGUAUUCGUCUUUUGAAUCUGUCUUGAAAGCAUAUGCAAGAAACUGCAGAUUUACUACCCUGAAAUCUCCUAAACCUCUUGCCAUUAUAGCUGCCCUGCAUAAAUCCCAUGUCUAGGCAACUGUUAUUUGUACAAAGAGAAAUGGCCUGCAGAUUAGAAUCUGAAGUGGAGGUCACGACUACGUGGGCCUUUUCCUAUGUAUCCAAGGUCUCUUUCGUCAUCCUUGAUAUGUUUAAUCUUCAAUCCAUUCAUAUCGAUAUUGCCAAGGAGACUGCAUGGGUGCAAACUGGUGCCACACUAGUCGGCACUGGAGGUCAUUUCAGCGGAGGUGGCUAUGGGGUCAUGAUGAGGAAACAUGGUCCCUUUGUUGAUAUUAUCAUAGAUGCACAGAUUGUAGACGCCAUUAGAGGAGGAGGUGGAGCUAGCUUUGGAAUCAUCCUUUCAUGGAAAAUUAAAUUGGUUCAAAUCCCACCCAAAGUUACAAUGUUCAAUGUUUCUAUUACCUUGAAACAAGGCGCAAAUGAUAUCCUUUACCAAUGGCAAGAAGUUGCCCCUAAACUACCGGGGGAUCUCUUCAUUAGAGCAAUAGUAGACAAUGUCAAUGGAACUAUAACAGCUAGAUUGCAAGGAAAUGAGCUGGCUAAAUUCAACCCUGUUCUCGGAUGGACAUCCGGAGGGAAGAAGUUACGAAAUUUUUUACAACAGAACAUUGACACAAGGGUGGGGAUCAAAUUCAUGCAAUGGAGUCCUUAUGGAGGAAGAAUGAGUGAGAUACUAGAAGCCGAAACCCCAUUCCCGCAUAGAGCAGGAAAUCUGUUCAAACUUCAGAAUUGUAUGGUGUGGUAUCACGAUAAUGUUAUCAAGGAUGGCAUCAAAUCUAUUAGAGAGUUGAAUGGUGUAAUGACUCCAUACGUCUUGAGUAAGCCAAGGGAGGCAUUUCUCAAUUACAGAGAUCUUGAUAUUGGUAAACGAAGCAAUUCAAGUAAAGCGGGGACUUGAAAGAGGCUGGAAUUUAUGGGAUCAAGUACUUCAAAGGUAAUUUGGGGGGACUGAUAAAGGUAAAAGCCGCGGUUGAUCCUGAUAAUUUCUUUGUAAACGAACAAAGCAUUCCUCCAAUUUUAUAACAAGGAUCUGUUUGCUAGAGUAGAAAUUUUUAAUAUAAUAAGGAGAUUUUU